AUGGUCUAUACUCUCACAGUCCACCUCUACGCAAACGAGAAGCCCGAUUCUAUUGACCGCAUCAAAGCCAAACUCAUCGAGGCAGCUCGAGUCUACAGGAAAGACAAGGAGACAAUUGAUUGGUUGGUCAUGCAAGAUGUCCACGACCCUAGAGCGUUCACCAUAGUAGAACGAUUUGAGAACGAAAGUAGUCAGAAGUACCAUCUUGAGAAUCCAUACUGGAAGACCUUCGACCCCUAUGUUAUACCCCUCCUUGAUAAGAAGAUGGACCUCCGCAGACAUGAAGAAUUGGACACCAGCAAAGACGUUGCGGUUCCAGUCUAGGAGUCUGUGACAGGCUGUUCAGAGGUACAAAGCCGUUAUUCCAACCCGACGACACUUAGUAUCUUCUGUCGUCAGGGACACUUAGUACAUUUGGCUUUGUCGUGUCCUAUUAUAUGCGACCGAUAGCUGAGCAUGUUCCAAAUAAUUGCACGCAU